CAAGCACAUUCCAUCAUCAAUCGCGAUCUCAAGGAGUCGACACGUCAAAGAGAGUGCAUCUAGGACGCCUUUGAUUCACGACUAAUGGCGUCGUUUCCUGGAACCGAAGAUGUGCUGUUUUCUGGCGGUGAUGGCGCCGCGAAGACGCCUGCUUCUUUAUCAGUCUCCGGUUCGUCGAGGUCGAAUUUGCUCUCAUUGAAGCUAUCCGAGAUCCUGUCAACAUCUUACACGGACUCAAACACUCGAGAUGCUUUGCAACUGCUGGGAGAACGUAUACAGGAGAACACCCCGGAGAUGAGACGGCAAUUCCGGGCAAAUGUUGAGGCCGAAGUCAUUGAGGCCAACGGACAGGUUCUCGAGCAGUUCUCGAAGAUAGCAAUGCAACUGCAGGAAAUUGGGAAUACAAUCUCAAACAUGAACUCGAUUGUUGGCAAAUUGAGCAAUGACGUUGCUGAAUCGAGGGCCCAAACUAAAGAUCUUUUUAAAGAGGAGGAGAAGCUGUCUUCGGCACGAAACGAGAUAGUUAUGAAGCAAGCAGUUCUGGAUGCGGUCAAAGCCCACUUUGUCUUGUCCGAGAAUGAGAUUGAGAUCCUGACGUCGUCUGCGAAACCUAUCGACUCGGUCUUCUUCGACACUGUGCGCAAAGCUAAGCAGAUCUAUUCUGAUUGUCAAGCCUUAUUAGCCUGUGAUAAUCCAGUACUUGGUGUUGAGAUCAUGGAUAAAACAUCAAAAUCGCUAGAUCAAGCAUUCGACAAACUCUACUAUUGGGUCCAACGUGAAAUCCGUCAUUUAUCCGUGGACGAGAACUCGAACCGACAUUUAGUCAGAAAGUCUCUGGGACUUUUAGCCGAAAGACCUACGAUGCUGCAAAACUGUCUAGACGGUCUAUCAGAUAUCAGACAGAAGAUCAUUCUGCAUGAGUUUUUGGAAGCAUUGACUGAGGGCAACAAACCUAUUGAACUUGCAGCCUAUGAUUCAUUUAGAUAUGUCGGCGAUAUGCUUGCUUGGACCCAUUCCGAAACUGUCAACGAGAAGGAGGUUCUUGAACUCUUGUUUAUCGGGGAAGACACAAAUAUAGCGCAGGGUCUGGAGAGUGGCUACGCGAGUGAGCCUUGGGCUGUUGAGUUUGAUUUGAAGAGGACGAUCGGAGAGCUGACCGAUAAAAACAUGCAAGCGGUUUGCAAACCUCUGAAGGCGCGUAUUGACCAGGCGCUAUCUGGACAUGUGGAAUCUACUCUGGCAUAUAAAAUCUACAGUCUCAUUGACUUUUACCAUUCAAUAUUCUCCCGGUUUCUGCCGGAGCACUCACUACUCUUGAGCACCCUGAAAGUUCUGGAAACCAACUCCAUGAAUCAAUUUCACCGAUCGCUGCGAGAGCACAUACACUCUAUUCAAACUGAUUUACCCCCAGUAGCAGAUGAUCUGCAGCCUCCUCAAUUUUUGCAUGAGCAGUUGGCACAGAUGCGAACGCUGAUGGCAUCAUUUGACACUUCGUUUGCAGUGUCGCACGAGUCCAGAGAACAGGAGUUUAGUAAAAUCAUUGAAGAGGCAUUGGAGCCAUAUUUAACGUGCUGCAUCUCGAUGUCUGACAAGGGAAGGCUGAAGCCUGCUGAGAGGGAUAUGUACAUCAUCAACUGCUUUGAUGCGGCAAAGGCCGUCUUACAACUGUUUGCGUUUACCAAGCCAAAGCUGGACGAGUUUGAGCGCAUAAUCGACAGACAUACCGAAUCGCUUGUUGAGAUAUACCAUGAGAUAUUUUUGGAGGAUUCGAAGCUCAAACCUACUCUGACUGCUCUAACAGAGAAGGCACCAAGUGUCCCAGUAAAGGCAUUGGAGCUGUUUCAAGAGACUAAUCUUACACAGCUAUCGAUCGCAUUGGACGAGUUUCUGCCGUCUGCCCUCAUGGACGCUCAGACAUAUUUGCAGCGACUCGCUUCUCCGCGGUUAGGAAAUGGUAUUAUACAACGGGCAGCAAAGCUGUUUGUCGCUGACUUUGCUGAGGUGGAGAAGGCGAUCACUGAGAAUAUCGAGUUCCCACGGAACGUAUUCCCUCGCACGGUUGCUGAGGUGAAGGUGCUGCUCGUGGUGGAUUAAAAGGAGUUUGUAGACUACUGUGUGGCAGAUGCGUGUCACCAUGGCAUAUGUGAUAUAUCUAAUGACAUAAGAAUGAUGUUGAAUUACAGC